AUGAACAUAAUCAAGCCCUCUUGGAAUGAAAAUCUUCCCGCCCAAAUAGUUCUAUUGCCGACGUAUCGUAGCCAUUUAUAUGUCGAUUUCCUUACCCCAGCUCAAACGAUGAAAGGAGGAAAAUCAAGCGGUGCUACAAGGAAAGCCGAUACCAAGUUGGCUGUAAAGAAGACUGCAUCCAAGGGGAAAGCAGCUAAGGAUCCCAAUAAACCCAAGAGACCCGCUAGCGCGUUCUUUGUGUUCAUGGAGGACUUUAGAAAGCAGUUCAAAGAAGAUCACCCUGACAACAAAUCUGUUGCAGCUGUUGGUAAAGCUGGUGGGGCAAAAUGGAAGUUAAAACUAUACUAG